CUGCAACGCGCAGCAAAGAGCGACAUUCUUAUUCGAAUUCGAUUCCCGUGUGGUUGAUAAUGAGGAAAGAGUCUAGGGGAUUCUAUUAAGCAAAUUCGAUCAUGUGGUCAUCCUCGGGAAAUGGCAAAAAGCCGUCCCAACCUGUACGUCCGCCACCAGAAGCUCCCCGCGUUCGGCGCCAUCUGGCCUUGAAUUGAAUUGCUGACAUCUCUGUAGCCGCCAGAAAUGGUCCAGGUCGGUAAGUACGAUUCACAGCAAUUACGAGCUGGAAUAUCGAAUCCAAGGAGAUAUGUUGCAUAGUCGCGUUGCUAACGAAGCCAAUUCUGCUGCGUCAGACCGUUCAGAUUCUGCCUCGCCCUUCUGGAGACCUUCGCUGCGGGAAACCACACCUAAAAGAAGCGUCACCGCGCCGCCACGUGAUGGUGGGAAAGUUGUCGGCGCCGCAUACUCCCAUGCUGAUAUGCUGAAACUCGAUGCUCUACAUUUGGGAAGUGCUGCUGGUAGACCAAAGACGCCUCCUUCAGCAUCUUCAAGCAGAGUCCGUCAAGACAAUCCAUCGCCGAAGCCGCCUCGGCAAUCGGCUAGCGGCAGCUCUCCCCCCUUCAAAACUUACAUCAACUUUUUAUCGAAUACGAAUGACGACUGGAAAGCGGACGAAGAUGAAAUAUCAGGAUACGAAGAUGACGAUGGCGAUGACUUUGGCUUACCAAGUCUCGCAAACAUGAAGCGACGAACCAGAAGAAAAGCGAAGGAUCAAACUGAAAGCUCUCAACCACAUAGCUUGGUCGCAGCGCUGGAUGGCGUAGUUUCACAAGAGCGCCGCCAUUCUGAUAGUGCAGAUAUUGCGGCGGAAAGACCUGCAUCAUCAUACCCGAUGCCUCGAAAGAGUGAGGGUAAGAUUCUACGCCCACAGUACAAGGAAAUUCUACGAGAUCCAGCAAAUGCCUUGAAUUUGAUCAACUAUCCACCCAUUGCUGCGAAUGCAACAGCCAAAGAAACCGAUACCAUCAAUGCUCGACUCACACGCAUAAACAAGUUCAAAAAGCUGUUGCAAGCAUCAUCAAUAUCGUUAGCCGAGCUCAGGUCUCUAGCAUGGUCUGGCAUACCCGAGGAGCUUCGAGCGAUGACAUGGCAGCUUCUACUCAGCUAUCUUCCUACCAAUAGCGAGAGACGAGUAAAUACUCUUGAAAGAAAGCGCAAAGAAUACCUCGACGGUGUGAAGCAGGCAUUUGAGAGACCGGGCAGCACUUCUACACCAUCUGGAAAAGCCCGUGGUUUAGAUGAGGCGAUUUGGCAUCAAAUCAGCAUCGAUGUGCCGCGAACAAAUCCUCAUAUCGAACUGUACAGCUACGAAGCCACACAGAGAUCCCUCGAGCGUAUCUUGUACGUCUGGGCAGUGAGACACCCUGCCAGUGGCUACGUGCAAGGAAUCAACGAUCUUGUAACUCCAUUCUGGCAAGUUUUCCUAGGCCUUUAUAUCGCCGACCCAGAUAUUGAGACUGGCAUGGAUCCCGGUCAACUUCCGAAGCCAGUACUGGAUGCAGUGGAAGCAGAUUCAUUCUGGUGUCUAACCAAGCUGCUUGACGGUAUCCAAGAUCAUUACAUUGUCGCUCAGCCUGGUAUUCAGCGCCAAGUCAGUGCCUUGCAUGAUCUAACAGCACGAAUCGACGCUUCAUUAUCGAAACAUCUUGAGAACGAGGGCAUAGAGUUUAUCCAGUUCAGUUUCAGAUGGAUGAAUUGUCUACUAAUGCGAGAGCUGAGUGUUAAAAAUAUCAUUCGUAUGUGGGAUACGUACCUGGCUGAAGAGCAGGGAUUCUCGGAGUUCCAUCUCUAUGUGUGUGCAGCACUUCUCGUAAAAUGGUCCGCAAAGCUUGUGUCGAUGGACUUUCAAGAGAUUAUGAUGUUUCUCCAAAGCCUUCCGACCAAAGACUGGACAGAGAAGGAUAUUGAGCUACUGCUGAGCGAGGCUUUUAUUUGGCAGAGCUUGUUCAAGGGCUCUGCAGCUCAUCUCAAGGGUCAACCCAGCAGACCCCAGUUUACUCAUCUGCAGCUAUAAUAACAGCUGUGAAUUAACGAAAUAAUUAGGCCUCAUAUAGGUCAUUGGCAUUGUAUAUAGAAGCGAUCUUUCUUUUUUUGCAGAAUAAACUGUACAUAAUGAUGCUAG